AUGCCGAGAAAGUCGAUGAAAGUGGUCCAGGCAAAUCUUAGGCACUCUAAGGCUGCCUCGGACAAGCUCCUGGUCUUCCUAAGGGAGGAAGACAUCGGCAUCUCGCUGAUACAGGAACCUUGGGUAAGGGACCUAGAGGUUAAGGGACUCACUGACGCCCGCUAUAACGUCUUCUACACUAGUAUAUCAGGUAAACCCCGCGCCUCACCGGAUACUACAGUCGUCAACUUGGAGUUGAUGAAUAAACAAAGCUGUCUUAUAUCAUCCGUAUACAUGGCGCACGACAGGUCGUGUCCGCCACAGGAAGUCGUCACUUUACAAAGGCUAGCAGGAGCUAGUCCAGUGUUACUCGGCUGCGAUGCCAAUUCACGGCAUACAUUAUGGGGCAGCUCGGAAACCAACGAAAGAGAUGAGUCGCUAUUUCAAUUUAUUAUUGAUUCUACGUUUAGAAUUUGUAAUAGAGGUAGUACUCCCACCUUCAUAUUUCCUAGAACCUCUGAUUUUUGCGGUUGGGAAGAGGUCCUAGACCUAACUCUGCUGACCGAGGGGAGCCUAAAGGUCAAUAAAUGGAGAGUAUCCGACGAGGAGACCCUCUCGGACCACCGCCGAAUACUCUUUGAGCUAAAUAUUGCGGCGGAUAUGCCUACUCCCUUUAGAAACCCUCGUAAAACAGAUUGGGACUUAUUUCAAAAGGUUAUUGGAAAAGAAUUGAAGAAACUACCAGUUGAAGACACUCCUACAAGAGGCGAGCUGGACGCCAAAGCGGACAGCCUGAAUAAGGCCUUCGGAAAAGCCCUUACGAAGGCUUGUCCGCUGAGGUAUGGCAAGAAAGCGCGCACACCCUGGUGGAAUGAGAACCUUACAGCGCUACGGAAGCAAAGGGUGCCUAAUACUGAACCACGUUCCGUUAAGCUGGAGGAAGAUUAA